AUGGACGCUGAUGAUGACUUGGAUCUGUUGGCCUCCCUCCUGGAAGAAAGCGAGACAACUGAGAAGAAUUCUCCUGGGAAGGAAGAUGCCUCAGAAGAUGAGAGGGGAGAACCAGAUGAAUACGAUGAGCUCUUCGAUGCAGAAGACGAUGCAUCCUACACUGAGGAGGUUGAUGCUGAGGACAGCAUGAUCGAUGAGCAGAAGGAGAACCUGGCUAUGCUGUUUGGAGAUGUGGAUGACCUGCUGGAAGAGGAGGAUGCAGAAGAAACUGUCCCCGCUUCAGCUCCCAGUCAGGCAAAAGAGAAGACCAACCAAGAACUGCAAGCUGAGCUGAGAAAAUUGCAAGAACAAAUGAAGACAUUACAGGAGCAGUUGCAAAAGACUGCUAUUGGGCAGCAAUCCAGUUCAGGCCCUGAGAAGAAAACCCCUGGUAAAUCUCCCUGUCCACCCUUAAAGGAAAGGAAAGUUCAGAAGCUGCAAGAGUCACCAUGUUUCUCAGCCCAGCUGGGCAAUCCUUUACCGCCAGCCAAACAAGGAAUCCAGAAAUCAAAAGCAUCCUCAGCAGAGAACAAGACUCCUCCUCCUCAGCAAGUCCUCAGUCUGGCAUUCCAACCUCUCAAGUCUGCCGCAGGGAACACACCCAGUAAGGUGACCAGAGAGAAGACUCCUCACAUGCCUACAUGCUCCAGUGCAACAACUCAGCCAGUGUCUGUGGAAACCUUCUCGGGACUGAGAUUAAGAAAACCCCGGGUGUCUUCGGCUGAAAUGGACAGAAAAAUGGCUAACCGGAAGCUCAUCCGACUGUCCCAACUGAAGAGCAAACUUGCUGCAGAAAAUCUGGAGGAAAUAGACUGGGUGACAUUUGGAGUCAUAGUGAAGAAGGUCACUCCUCAGAGUGCAAAUAAUGGCAGAACCUUCAGUAUCUGGCGGCUGAACGACCUACGGGAUCUCAAUCAGUGUGUCUCACUCUUCUUGUUCGGUGAUGUCCACAAAGAACACUGGAAAACAGACCAAGGCACCGUCAUUGGGCUGCUCAAUGCUAAUCCUAUGAAACCUAAAGAAGGUUCAGAUGAGGUGUGUUUGUCUGUUGACCAUCCCCAGAAGAUCCUCCUCAUGGGUGAAGCUCUGGACAUGGGCACCUGCAAAGCCAGGAAGAAAAACGGUGAUCCUUGUGCACAGAUUGUGAACCUGAACGACUGUGAAUAUUGUCAGUAUCACAUACAAUCCCAGUACAAGAAGCUCAGCUCGAAGCGAGCGGAUCUGCAGUCCACCUUCUCUGGUGGUCGCAUUCCCAAAAAAGUUGGUCGGAAAAAUCCCAGUUUGAAGGAGAGGCUGUGUCAGGAUGGGUUUUACUAUGGAGGUGUCUCUUCAGCAGCAUAUGCAGCCUCAGUUGCAGCAGCUGCAGCGCCGAAAAGGAAGAUUCAAACCACUCUCUCCCAUCUGGUUGUGAGAGGAGUUGACGCAAUUGUCCAGGAAACCAGGCAGAAAAUUGCAAAUAGACCCAUGCAAUGUUCUGAGGAAUUCAAGGAACUGCUAGCACAGCCAACUUUUGGAGCACGAAAUCUCUGUAAACACUGGACCAAAGCAGAUGCAGGAAAAAAGCAAGGAGCCAAUUUCCAGUCUAUCUCUGCUUCAGCGCUGCUCAAGCAACAGAAACAGAAAUUGCUGGAGGCCAGAAAAAAGCGAUCUGAAGAGAUUCAGAGGCGGUUUCUCCAGAACACAAGUAAAGCUGGCAGCCCUGCUUUGCCAUCCUCCUCCAGACAGUCCUCUCUCCAGUCUCCAGUACCUGGGGCAGAGUUUCCCAAAGCUGCAAAAAUGUCAACUCCUCAAAGGCCCAGGCUAGGCACAGGCUUCUCAGAAGGAGAAGAUAUCCUCUUCUUUGAUGGGUCUCCACCUCCAACACCAAAGCUAGGCAGCUUGGCAGAAGCCAAAAAGCUGGCUGCAAUACACCGACUACGAGCAAAAGGCCAGAUUCUUGCUAAAAGUGACCCAAACAGUGUCAAGAGGAAAAGAGCUGAUGUUGAUGAUGUCCUAGAAAUUGUUGAAAGAGUUGAGAAAAAUGUUGCUCAGCCACAAGGUACAGAAGCAGAGAAUGAUAUGGAUGAACUGGAGCCUGCCCAAAAGAAACGGCGUGAGCAGCUGGCCUAUCUGGAGUCAGAAGAGUUCCAGAAAAUCCUGAAUGCCAAGUCCAAGCACACAGAUGUUCUGAAAGAGGCUGAGGCUGAACUGCAGGAGCAAUACUUUCAGCCACUGGUGAAAAAAGAAGAAAUGGAAGAGAAGAUGAGAAGCAUUAAAGAAGUGAAAUGUCGAGUUGUGACAUGUAAAACGUGUAAUUACACUUUUUUCAAGCCUCUGGAGACAUGUGUGCAGGAUAACCACGACUACCAGUGGCACGAUGCCAUCAAGCGAUUUUUCAAAUGUCCUUGUGGAAACCGAGCUAUUUCCCUUGACAGACUCCCAAAAAAGCCCUGCAGUACCUGUGGCCUCUUCAAGUGGGAGCGAGAUGGGAUGUUAAAGGAGAAAAAAGGUCCGAAGAUUGGUGGAGAAACACUUCUACCACGAGGAGAAGAACAACCAAAAUUUCUCAAUAGUCUUAAGUGACCUGGAGUUGAUUUUUUUCACAGCGUAAGGGUGGAUUUCUGUGUCUAAACCACACAUUUCAUUACUGGAAUGCCAAGAGGAUUCUGGUUUUAGGGAUGAAUGAGCAGGGGAAUCAAUUCCUGAUGAGAAGGACAUCCACAAAGUCUCCACCAGGCCACUGCAUGGAUAUUUAGCU